AUUGGUCAAACCAGUCACAAGAUGAUGUGAAGUGAAAAAAACUACAAAAAAAACAUUGAAAGCGUCUACCAUUCAGAGCAGCAGCUGCAGCUUCAGGGAAAUUUUAACUCUUCAACAAUGAGUGAAUCACUGGUGGUGUGUGAUGUGGAUGAAGAUCUGGUUAAAAAGCUGAGGCAGUUCCGUUUUAGGAAGGAGACCAAUAAUGCGGCCAUCGUUAUGAAGAUUGAUAAAGACAAGCAGCUGGUGAUUCUUGAGGAGGAACAUGAGGAUAUUUCUCCUGAUGAUCUGAAGGAUGAACUUCCUGAGAGACAGCCAAGAUUUAUUGUCUACAGUUAUAAAUACGAACAUGACGACGGACGUGUUUCCUACCCUCUCUGCUUCAUCUUCUCCAGUCCAGUGGGUUGCAGACCAGAGCAGCAGAUGAUGUACGCAGGAAGCAAAAACAAACUGGUGCAAACCGUUGAACUGUCUAAGGUGUUUGAGAUCAGAAACACAGAGGACCUAACGGAGGAAUGGCUUAGAGAGAAACUCGGCUUCUUCGGUUAAAGUCACCUCAUCCAGUGGUCUGGGAUGUGAGGAGGAUCCAGAUUGCACAAUCUCUUGGGAAGAACACACCACAGUUAAUGUUUGCCUCCUCCGUGUACCAGACCUGAUUUAUAUAUUGUUUGCAAACACCUUCUCUACUCGGUUUUAGGUCUAUUUGGUAGAGUUUACGGAAAAUUACAAUUCAGCGUAACACUAACUAAACCUCGCUCCUCUGGCAGCCUAAACCUGAAAACACUAUUUGACGCAGGUCUGCUUUUGUCUCCUAUACGAUCUCUCCAUGUGCCAGUUAUGUGUCUGUAUUGAAUUAACACUCCCAUAGCUCUUGAAUUGGCCAGAAAUUGAUGUUACUCAUCCGCUCUUCCUAAGCAUGUUCAUCCAGGAGAAUUUAAAGGCAUCGGAACAA